GUGAAAGAGGCCUAAGUGGUUGCAUUAAGGCUGCAGGUACUCUUCUGAUAGGCUAUAUUAUAUGAUCAAUUUCUAGUUUGUAUUUACCUUCAAAUAAAUCCGCAUACUCUGUUUUUAUUUGCUGAAAAUCCAAAAUGCAUUCUGCCUUUUGUUUAGGGUUUUGAGUAUUCGGAGAAACUUCCACAACCUUGAUGUUAUGGGACUGCACCUUUAUGAAAGGGAACCUGUCACCUCCUAAGUGCAUGUAAACCCGCCAGCAGUACCUCAGGGUAGCCCGCAGUGUGAUACUAAUCAUACUUUACAUCCUGCAGUCCGAUGCAGCAUAAGGUCAGGAAACGAUCUUUUAUCCUCCGUCCGCGCUAAUUUGCAUGUCAGCUUCAAGUCAAGGAAUUGGCAAAAUGCCAGGGACUUGUUGGGUCAAGGACUGCUUUUACUUGCCUGGUCGUAGCCACAAUGGCCACGAAAUAAAAUUGCAUACCUUUCCGAACUGUCGGGAAAGAGUGGUAGAAUGGUUGUUGCAGUUAAUUCCUGCGGGGGACGAAGUAAAUGCUCUUGCCGAAGACAUUCUUACAAUGAAGCGAAGAAAAUACAAUAAGUAUAGACUUUGUUCAUUACAUUUCACAGAGGACAGUUUCAUUGUCAAUGUCUGCGGACGUGUACUUCGUCCGAAGGCAAUCCCGACCAUAUUCCCCAAUUUUCUAGAUUCUGACCGAAAAGUUGCAGAGGAUUUAACUAAAGCCAAAGCGUUCAAGAGAAAACGACUUGAUAAUCUUAGCGCGCCGGAGGCUUCUAAAAAAGCUCUGAUCCCUGAAUCGUCCAUAAAAACGGAGUCAAGCGAGCAAACGGAAUCCGGUUCCUCCCCGGAAAUUCAACAUUUUCCAGAGAUUGUUGAAAGUCCUAGGUCAAAGUUCUCAGAUGUUUCAAUUCAGACUGAUUGCGACCUAACAAAUUCCAUGGUUAUUAUUCGCGACCCAAAAGUUUUCCUAAUGAAGUUUGUCGAUUACAGCACUUUUUUCAAAACCGAGUAGUCAAUCAUCAUAUUUAUGUGGCCGUGUUGAUACCGAUGUCAAUUAUACGUUGUUGAUUUAAA